AAAUCGUAUUGUGACGUGAUUAUGUAAAGAAAUACUUCUCUCCUUAGCUAUUUACAAGAAUUCGAUUACAAUAUAGGUGUUUGUGAAGUUUUAGACAUAUCUAUGUUUUGUAACUCGUUUAUUUAUGAGGUGGAUGUGCAUUUGUACAACGGAAUGCGGUGCAGAACAGUUAUGAUGGCAUCCGACAAGAAGGCAUGGCGAUGACUAGCUAGUCUCGUUAAUGACUCCAUGUACUUGUCUCUCUUGUGAGGCUAUGACAGGAGAAUAACUAAAAUUAAAAAAAUACCAAGGGCUUUAUUGAAGUAAAAAACACUAAUUGCUUAAGUCUCCAAAAUGCAGACUAUCAAAUGUGUAGUAGUUGGUGAUGGGGCUGUUGGUAAAACAUGUCUUCUGAUCAGUUACACAACCAACAAGUUUCCAUCGGAAUAUGUGCCAACAGUCUUUGAUAAUUAUGCCGUAACUGUUAUGAUUGGUGGAGAACCAUACACUUUGGGACUCUUUGAUACUGCAGGUCAGGAAGAUUAUGAUAGACUACGACCCUUGAGUUAUCCUCAAACAGAUGUUUUCCUUGUGUGCUUCAGUGUAGUGAGCCCAAGCUCCUUUGAAAAUGUCAAGGAAAAGUGGGUGCCAGAAAUAACUCAUCAUCAGCAAAAGACACCAUUCUUACUGGUUGGGACGCAGAUAGAUUUACGUGAUGAUCCAGCGACUAUGGAGAAGCUUGCUAAGAUAAAACAGAAGCCAGUGUCCCUUGAACAAGGAGAGAAACUUGCUAAGGAACUUAAAGCUGUAAAAUAUGUGGAAUGUUCAGCUCUGACUCAGAAAGGAUUGAAAAAUGUAUUUGACGAAGCUAUUCUUGCUGCCCUGGAGCCUCCGGAACCACCAAAGAAAAAGGGAUGCAGGAUUCUGUAAUUUGUGUGGUAAAAUAACAUAUACAUGUUAAAACCUUCAAAGCUAUCAAAUAUUUAUAAGCUAUCACUGUAAUA